AUGUCGUUCUUGAACGAAAAAGCACGAGGUAGAGACACCCCCCCUUUUAAAUUAGAUAUACCUCAAUUCAUGCAGCAGCACCCGCAGCAGCAAGCAGCAGUUGCUGCUGCUGCUGCUGUUACAGAUUCGAGCUGGGGCAGCGCUGCUGCUGCAGACACCCAACCUCCAUCCGCAGCAGCAGCAGUAGUAGUAGCAGCAGAACCACCUGUUCGUGCAAAUAAUGAUGCUGCUGCUGCUGCUGCAGCAAAAGGUAGAACAGACAACACAGCAGCAGGUGCUGCAGCAAGCCCGAUUACACCAUCGCAGCUUUCGGGUAAAGCAGCAGCAGCAGCAAAUGUAGCAGCAGCAAAGGCAGCAGCAGCGGCAACAGACCGGGGUUCUGUGGGUGCUGCUGUUACCGCUCCUGCUGCUCCUGCUCCUGCUGCUGCUGCUCCUGCUGCUGCUGCUGCUGCUGAUCCUCCCCCCUUCAACAAACUGCUGCAAGCCGGGGUCCUGUCAGGCAACUCGCUGCAGGAGAUUGUUCGUGGGGCGCUCAAAGAAGCAGCAGCAGCAGCAGCAGCAGCACAACCACCAGCAGCAAAUAUAAACGAAAAACAAACUUAA